GUUCCCGCUGCCAUCCAGGAGGCUCGCUCUCAGAGGGAAAUGAUUCCGCAUGAAGUUGACGGACGGCUCUCUUCCUCUCUACACGGAAACGGCAGGUGUGACUCUCGCUGCUCCCACGACAACAGCAGGUGUGCCCCUCUCUGCUUCUCGCUGAGCCAGAGCCAGGCGUCCGACAGACGCUGAGCUACAGGACAGGACAGUCCCUCUCUACUCCCUCCACCCUACCCCCUCUAACUUACCCCCACCCCCUCUAACUUACCCCCUCCAACCUUCCAGUCCUCUGACCCCAGCCACCCACACAACCAGCAGGAGGGCCUAUUCUGUCAACGAGGAAAAGCCAAGAGAGAGUGAGGGAGCCAGCCAAAGACAGGAGUGAAAUAGAGAGUGAACGAGGGAGAGACCGAGAUAGGAAGAGAAAGAGAGUUCUAAAGUGAUAGUGUGAGAGAGACGAGCCAAGGCUAGUGUAUGUAACAGGAAGUUGAUAGAGAAAAGAUAACAGUAUGAAGUCCAACCAGGAGCGCAGCAACGAGUGUCUGCCCCCCAAGAAGAGAGAUUUCCCAGCUAGCACUGUGGACGAGAGGCCCCUGGUGAUGGCGCCUGCUAGUGAGAGCCAGCGCGGAGAGAACCUGGCAUGGCUGGCCAGCGUAGCCAGCGGGCACAACAGCGGGCACGAUAGAGACAGUGGCGGAGGUGGCCUCGAUGGCAGUAGAGGUGGGCAGCGUAUCAGCACUCCCAUUGAGUCUGACGGGCCACAGUACAAACCGCUAUGCUCCACCAUCACCACACACACAGACUUCCUGGUCCCUUCCUCUAUCUGUUCCAUCUCCUCCUCCUCCUCUUCAUCACAUCAGUCCAGAGUGGUGACCACAUCCCUCCCUGCCAUGUACACCUCUGCAUUGUCCCAACCAGGGGGGACGAUCCAGUACACCCAGCUGCCCCCCAACGUCCAGUUCAUCAGUUCCCCUUACACAGGCCCCUACGCUGGCUACAUCUCCUCCCAGCUCCUCUCUCCCCCUCCACCCACCUCCACAUCCCAACGCUCCCACCCUGACCCAUACCCCAACACCACCAUCACCUCCCAAUCCCAGAUCUCUGGUUCCUCUCUGAGCGUGGCCCCCCAGACUGCUCCCUCGCCACACGGUGGGACCCACCACCUGCCCCUCCACCUGCACUCCCACCCCCACCACACCCUGGCCCUCAGCGGGGGCUCCCAGGUGCUGGUCCAGUACACAGGCCCCGGCCCUGAGGGGCCCCUGACUAAGAGAGAGGAGGGCCGGCCCAGGGAGUUGCACAACGGAGAUCAGAGGGGCCGCUAUGAGAGAAAGGAAAGCAAAGGAACCCCCUCCUCUUCUUCCUCCUCUUCCUCUCAGUACCACCAACUCCACCAGCAGCAGAGCGCGCAGCAUCACUAUGAGGCCUACACCUCCCAUGAUGCAUCAGGGCAACGGACCUCUCUAAUGCUAGUGCCCAACAGCCGCGGAGGACCAGACAACCACAGCCCCGACAAACUACGGCAAUCCGCCGCCUCGCACACAGAGAAAGGCAGCCUCCUUCUGGGUAAACCUGUGUCCUGCACCCCCUCCUCCUCCUCCACGUUCACCUUCCCCCCUCCACUCAGUGUGGAGAGUCUUAAGGCGGCUGUCAGCUCCCUGUCCCCUCACACCCACACAGUCAUCCAGACCACACACAGCGCCAGCGAGGCUUCGCCCCUCUCCCUGGGCCAACUCUCCACCAACACCAACUUCUACCAGGCUGGCCCCGGCGGGCAGCCCAUCAUCGGCUACCUGGCUGGGAGUGCAGGAGGGCAGCGGUACCACACCAGUCUGCCCCAGCACCUGCUCAUCCCAGGGGCCCCAGGGUCUCAACCUAUCAUCAUCCCUGUCAGUGGGGCCGGGGUCACCAGCCUGGAGGCUGGCCAUGCUGCCCACAUAGCCACUACAACCCAACCACAGUCCUUCCCCACCACGCUACCCCACACUUACUUCACCAACACAACCAACCCUAACCCCAACCCUAAAGAUGAGCAUCUAUUUGAGGUCCCGGCGCCCUACCCCCCUCUCUCCCACCCUGCCGGGGUUGGAGGCACUGUGGUCCAGGCCCAGCUACACCUCCCGGUGGUCCCAGCUCCCACGACCCCCUCCUCAGCCCCCUCCUCGGCCCCGUCGCUGCCUCCCUACUUCAUCAAGGGCUCCAUCAUCCAGCUGGCAGACGGGGAGCUGAAGCGCGUGGAGGACCUGAAGACGGAGGACUUCAUCCAGAGCGCUGAGAUCAGCAGCGAGCUGAAGAUAGACUCGUCCACCGUGGAACGCAUCGAUGGCAGCCACACGUCCAACUUCGCCAUCGUACAGUUCUCCGUGGGCGAGCACCGCGCUCAGGUGAGUGUGGAGGUGCUGGUGGAGUAUCCCUUCUUCGUAUUCGGCCAGGGCUGGUCAUCGUGCUGCCCGGACCGGACCACUCAGCUGUUAGAACUACCCUGCACCAAGCUCUCAGUGGGGGACGUCUGCAUCUCCCUCACCCUGAAGAACCUGAGGAACGGCUCCCUGAAGAAGACGCAGCAGACCCAGAACCAGGCUACUGAGAUCACUACCAGCUGCAAUAUGGGCUCCAUCCACGGUCCCCUCAAAUCCUCCAGGUCAGCCAGGCACGGGGAGCAGGAGAACGGGGUGGGCCAGAGAGGCUCCAGGAGUGGAUGUGGGAGAGUGGUGGUUGGAGUAGGUGGAGGUGUUCAGAUCGCCUCAGAGAAUGGGGAACUGAGGUUCGGCGCCGGGGGAGAGGCCAACUCGAAAGGAGGCCAGCCUGGAGAUUCAGAAUCUAGUGGUGGUGCCGCCAAGCCGGUGAGCCGCAAGAGGAGAUGGUCGGCCCCCGAGGGCCGUAAGGUGGAGAGGAGCGAGAAGGAGCCCCCGUUGACUCUGCCCAAACCUUCCUUUAUCACUCAGGAGGUAAAGAUCAGCAUCGAAGGCAGGUCAAAUAUAGGCAAGUAGUGAAGGUAGGAGAUUUAAACAAGACUGUUAAUUCAAAUAUGGGAUUGGAUGGAGAUUCAAAAAGGAAAAAGAAAGAGAGAAAGAAAGAAAGCCCACAUGAAAUGUUAAUUUUAGAUUGUUUUCUUGUUUUUAUUUUCUACCCGGAUUUCUGUACUGUAGGCAACAUUUUACCCAGUACUUACAUGUUAUCACCUUACAUUAAGUUAAGUUGGUAAUAACAUUGUAAUAGAUGCGUUCGGUAUUAGGUAAACAAGCAACCGGUGCAAUUGUUUAGUUUUUUUUUCCCACAAAUCUCCGGGCGAGGGGUUUUGUGAAGUUUUGUAGAUGUUUUAUUGGUGGUUUUGUGGCACACAAGAGCACUGCGUGAUACCUCUCUGGUCAUGUGACGGCUGCAGGUGGACAAAUACAUCAAAUGAAUAAAACAUGUAGUUAGCUUUCCAAUCGCGGCUAGGGGCAUGACUAAACGGGUGUAAUGUAGACCCGUGAGUGAUGUCACUUCCUUUGUGAUGUCACUUCCUGAUACAGGCACUACUGACGAGAGUGUUCAGGAGGUCUGGACUUAAUCACUCUCGACGCCACCCAGUUGCCAUGGUGGCAGACUGAGUUGAUAUGAUGUCAUUUAUCCCAAGUGACUCAAGACGUCUUUAGAUAAGACAGUUCAAAAAGCGUCUGUAACCAUUUUAAACCCUCAUGACAACACAUCUAAUCCUAAACAAGGGGUCACCGGAAGCUUCGACACUCAUCCAUCUAGACCACUUAGCUAGGUGAUGUCAUCCAGCAGGCCAGUCCAGCCAGGUGAUGUCAUCCAGCAGGCCAGUCCAGCCAGGUGAGGUCAUCGAGCGGCGCCAGUGUGCCUCUAGAAAGAGGGAACUCUUCCUUCCUUUGUUAUGUUUUGCUGACACUGAUCUCUUUAUGUUAUUAUUUUUGUUUUUGAAACAUUUUAAUUUUAACAUUUUAAUUUAGUUUUGCUUGUCAAUUUUGACCUUUCAUCCUAUCUUGCCCAGUGAGUUGAUAAUGAUAUAUUUGAUGAUUGUCUAGAACUUUGAGAUCAGGGGUCACAUGUAUGUACGUAUAGUUUGAACCAAGGUGGUAAAGUUAAAUGUUAUUCCUUUAUACCCUAACGAUGCAUACAUUUGCAGUCACACUGGGUUGAAAUGAACUAUGAAAAUAGGAAGAUGAUUAUACUCCAUCCUUUUACUUGGUGCAACCUUUUGAUUUGUAUUCUUAUGGAGAGAGAGGCAGAAAGAAAGUGGCACCCUAUUUCAACAUAGUGCACGACUUUUGACCAAGGCCCUAUCUCUAUGAGCCCGGGUCAAAAGUAGUGCACUAUGUAAGGAAUAGGUUGCCAUUUGGGACUCUGUCAGAAAGUCAGUGUUGAGUCUUUAGAGAGGAGAGGGACAGGAUGUUGUGUUGAAGCACUUUCAUUUGCACACCUGUCACACUCACCAACUGAUGAUAUCACAACUAUUAUUAUUAUUAUUAUUAUUAUUGAUCUCUUCAUUAACACAGUACUGUAUGUUUUUGUUAUUUUGACUUAAGGAAGAAGUAGAACUCUGUGGCAGCAGCACUUUUGAACGAUGAAGGGGGUCAUGUUGAUGUCUUGGUGUCUUGGGGUCACACUACCUUUGAAAGGGAUGAAUGUGACAUGUGAUGGAGUGAGUGCCAGUUAGGGGAGGGAGGGAAAGAGAGAGGAGGAAUAUGGAAGAAGUGCUUUUUGUUGAGGCACUUUACUCAAAUCAAAACAUGCUUUUCAAAAUAUGCGUGUGGUCAAAAAAUGUACCUUUUGACACAUAACUGCCUUGUCAAGGAUAUCACAAGUCAAUGAAAUCCAAAAGAAGAAUGGGUAAAGAAUGGGAAUAAUUGUGGGAAUGUCCAGGUAUGUUGUGGACGAGAUUGAGGGAGUUAUAGACGCUCUGGCCACAGAAUUUCUGAAGGGCGUCAUAUACAUAAUGUAUGUAUGCAAGUGUGCAUGAAUGCAGGUAUGUGUUAGUGCACACACACUCACAAGAGCACACACACUCACACGGACACACACACGGAAUACAGUACCCACACAGACAGGCACUUUCCUAAAGGAGAGGAUUGUAUGUAUUUCAUACUUGUUGAUAUACGUUUAGUAUGUAUACAAAUACUUAUGUGGCAUAGAUAUUUCCCCUUGAUGAUGUAGAGAAGCCAAGAUAUUUGAGUAGCAGACGAAGAUGAUAGUUAGUCUCAGUGCUCUGUGCAGUGUGUGUUUGUUGGCGUGUGUGUGUGUACGUGUGUUUGUAUAUGUGUAUAGAAAUAUCAUAUAACUUAAUAUGAUAUAUCCAAUGUAAAAUGUCCAGUGUUUCUGUUUUUGGAGUUCUACUUAAGAGAAUCUUGCAAUUUGCACAUCUGGAGAGGUAGUCAGUUGGGUGACAUUACUUUUUGACUGUGUUCAAAAUAUACUUUUCUCUAUACAGUGCACUGGCCAAAAGUAGUGCACUAUAUAGGGAAUAGGAUGCCAUUUCAGACACAACUAUGUUUUCAGCUAGGUUGCACAUACACACCGAACUGAAACCCCAUUUUACUGAAUUGUAGCAGUUAUUUAACAAGUGUGAUCCAUGCUGAUUGUCUCCAAUGCUCUCUGCUCUGCUCCUCAUUGGACCACACCUGUGGCAUGUCCAAGUCCCGCCCACUUGUUGCGUGUUUGGUUGAGAGACAUUGUGGAGCCGGGGGCGGGGCCACCAGCAGGUACACCUGUUGAGCUCUCUGAUUGGCUGCGUUUUUCAGGUGUGUUUAGGUGGUAGAAGAUGUGGCAGAGAACUAGAAGAAUGUAGAAGUUGCUUCUAACUACUGCUCUAGGUUCAAAUGUUUAGUUCAUCCUGCUAAUGGUUAGUGUUAGGAGUGGGUGCAGGCCAGAGGAGGCUGGUGGGAUGAGCUAUAGGAGGACGGGUUCAUUGUAAUUGCUGGAAUAUUGGAACGGAGUCAAACAUGUGGUUUCCAUGUUUGAUACUGUUCCAUAUAUUUCAUUCCAUCCAUUCCAAUGAGCCCAUUCUCCUAUAUCUCCUCCCACCAGCCUCCUUUGGUGUAGGCUAAUCUGAUCCUAGAUCUGUGGUUAAGAACAACUCCUACGUGGACUGUGGUGAAAUAGGAGGAUGGAUGCGGGUGAUCGGUGUAGUGAUGGACGGAUGGAUGUGUGACUUGGAUGGAUGGAUGAAGACAGAUGGGUGAUGGUGAGUGAGUAGACACCGUAUAGGUUGGAAAAUGCUUUAUUUUUUAUAAUAAAACAGGGUUUCUCAGAUCAACACCACGGCAGUGCAUCUUCAUUUGUUCUUUUAUAACAUUGUUUUAUUAUUUCUUCUGAAGGUAGUUUAUGAAUAUGUGCAUGUAUGUGUGUAUAUGUAUGUGUGUAUAUGUAUGUGUGUAUAUGUAUGUGUGUAUAUGUAUGUGUGUAUAUGUAUGUGUGUAUAUGUAUGUGUGUGAUGUGUGUGUUUUUGUGAGAAUCUUUUUGUCUUUUUGUAAGGGCAGGAUGGGUAUAUUAAUGACUGUUCCUUCUAGAGCUUCACCAAACUGGGUAAAAUAGCAGGUAUUUUAACCAUUAGAUACAGAUGCCGUAUCUUAAUUUGAUCAUCUUGUUGUUGCAGGAGUAUCCCUGCACAGCAAGAAAUUCAAACUUGUAGUGUAUUUAAGGUUUAAAAAUGCUUCUUACGUUUGUAGUUUCCACUUUCAAAUUUCAGACUUGAUUUUCCCUGAUGAAAAAUGUAUCAACCCCUACAAAACAAUCUAUUAAUUAUAAUCUACAUAAAAAUUAUCAUUUGCUGCAGGAUUAUUUUCCUGCUCUGUGAAACAGGCUCAAAUUAAGAUACGGAAUCUGUAUAUGGUUUUGCAUUCAUACACAUUGAACCAAAAUGAGACCCUGGUUGAGUUAAGUAUUGUUCUGACUGACUUACCCCUCCUAAACUCUCAUUAUGGGAAAAUACAGAAAAACAAUGACACACACACCACUCAAACCCUUUCAGGUAAUGUUUUCUAGUGCAAAUGCAUAGCAUCAUGGCAGUUGUGUGUGGGCUGCUUUCCAAUAGCAAUAGUCAGACAACAAGCAUACAUUAUAACCCAUUAGAGUGCUCCUCCUCUCAUACCUCCCUUUCAUGGCCAGCCACAGAUGGGGGGUGAAGCUGUGUCUCUAGAGAGCGCACUAGUUAAAAGCCCUUCCUCUCGUCUCUCUCUGGCUGGCUAGCUAUAACAUGUCAAUCGUUCCUUCUAGAAGCUCUCUGCAAUAAAAUCCUUCUCCCUCAAUGUUAGAACCAAAAUAAAGAGCUGUUUCCACACACACACACACACACACACACACACACACACACACACACACACACACAUACAGGCUCACAUACCCCCUUUAACAUACCAGCCUAGUCAUUUCAGCAACUUUCAAUUCCUAUUAAGUUGUUGCAGUUGCACGGCCUGCCAUUCAAAAAAUUCAGGGAGAUUUUCACAUAUGCAGUGACAGACUGUCCAGUAAGGACUAAAGUACCCAUGAUGCUACACCCACUAGUGACCUCUAACCUCUGACUACUAGUUCAGGUAUCCAUGGCCAGCCAGCCUCUGUCAUACCCUCUCUAGAACCUCAGCAACCAGUUAGUUAGUUUACCCUCAGCAACCGCUAGCUACCUUCUAUCAAUGGCCUGGCCUUACAUGUGCAACUGCCUAUUUCUUCCCCCUAGCACAGUUUCCUUCUGCUCUCUAGUUCCCACACACACACUCACUUUUUAUUUUCUGUUAGAGACAUAUUAAGUAACAGUGUUCACGCUCCAGUGUGGAUGCUUGCAUGUUGAGAUGAGUGUUAAGUGAACCCAGAGAUUCACCACAGUUUGUUUUCCUUGUUUUAGGAAUAAACAAAAUAAACACACACACAUACACGAAGCCACGUUCACCCGAUCUGCAAUGUCUGAUUAGGUCAGCUUUACAAUCAUAGCAGUGUGUCAGGUUAGUUGGAGAGGUGAGAGGCGUAGUGGGCCGGACAGGUAGAUGUUAGAGGCCAGGACUAAAAAGGGGAAUGCAGUCAGGAGAUUUAGCCUAAUGUAUAAUACAAUGUAGCGGCUUGUUAUAAGGUUGUAUUCAAGUUGUACUAAAAUUGUGUGAGGUUAAAAUAAAGUAGUAUUUAGAUGGAGGGGACAGCAGAGCUUGUGGCAAUUACACAUUGUUAUUUUUAUUUUAUUUCGUGUUUUUUAUUUCUAGUUCAGGUAGUCCCAGUUCUUAUCUAUCAGGAUAAUGAUUCCCGUUGCCCUUGGAAUCAUACUGUAUGUGCAAUAGUUGUCUUUGUUUAUACUGUUUCUCUCCCAUUGUUGUGCCAAGUGUAUGUAGCAUUGUUCCUGUCUGAUGUUUGUUAGCCAUGUACUGUACCCCUGUACAGUACAUGGCUAAUGUACUGUACACCUUUACUGUGCCCCUAAAAUGUCUUCAAUUUCAUUUGCCUCACACUAGACAGAUUUCUUUAACUCAGGAAGGUUUAGUGCAGAAUGGGUGGAUAAGAAUGGAGAGUGAGUGAGCGUAUUACCUGUGUGUUGGUGUGUCAAGCUGGCAGCAUACGCACGCCUACCGGUAUGUAGAAGUAUGUCUUUGACCUCAGUAAACGGAAUGCUUUGUCAGUCAACGCUCCAGCUAGAAGUUCAUUUACAGUCUGACUGUCAAGAGUCUGGAUACACUAAACGAUUCUCCAUUCUGCAGUCCAGGAAAGUUGUCAGUCAGAGAGAGUGAUGUAAGAUAGAGAUAAAGAAAAAUAAAUAAUGAGUGAUAUCGAAAGACAGAGACACGCGCCUGGCUAGGGAGAGGUGUACUGUGCUUGUCAUUGGAGAGCCAUUCUUGGUAUGUUUGUGUUGUGAGGGAGAGGUGAAGGACAGGUGACAUGGCAGUACCAUGAUGUCAGUGGAAGAGGUAUGUAUGUAGUGUUGACAUAGAAAGUCUCCCUGCCCUGGGAGCUGUUGGCUUUCAGGUGGAUUUACAAUGUUUAUCAGCCUCUGGUGAAGUAAGGGGACAUUCCUGUUCCCUUAGAAAGACUUGUGUGCUCUGUGUUAGUACUCUUGGCCUCUGUCCAGUUUCUACUGUGUGUUGUUCAUCUGCAUCAUGUCAACGGCUGUGUGAGCGUGUGGAGAGACAUGUUUGCCUAAGGCUAGUUGCAUACAGGUAUGUGGAAAUAUGUGUGGACACGUUUUAGUUUAAACUUGAGAUAGGUUGUCCCCACCAGCCUUUCAUAAUGAUGUUGUUUAUUUUCUGUGUGUGUGCGUGUGUGUGGUGUUCUCCUAUGGACUUUGAGAUCACUAGCCCUAACCCUCAAUAAGGUCCAGAGAGAAAAGACAGUUGACAGAAUUAUUAUAACCUAACAUAUUAGUGGGGACCACUUUUGUAAAACAAACCAAUAAAGAUGCACAUUUAAAGUAGCCGACUAACGGCGUAGACUUGAUACUGUUUCAGCACUUUCUAAACCCAGAGGAAAGGUCUGGUGUCUAAACCCUCAUCUCAGACCAAGGCCUUUCCAGAGGUAUAACAUUCAUUAUAUAUAUAUAUAUAUAUAUAUAUAGAGAGAGAGAGAGAGAGAGAGAGAGAGAGAGAGAGAGAGAGAGAGAGAGAGAGAGAGAGAGAGAGAAAUAAACAAUGGGGAGACUUUGGAUUCAGUUUUUUGCACAUGGCCGUGUUGUAAACAGUAGUGUUUCCUCUAUUGGCUCCAUCCCGCCUAGCGUCCGGCACGUUCUUGGGUCCAACGAGCUAAGACGCUAGGCGGGUUUCCUGGUUCCACAUUAUAAUCAGGAAGUACCUUUCUCAUGGACGCACCCUCUUUUUUUGUGUUCAGUUUGGUCCUAUUGUAUAAAAGACUUUUGCUUUCUUUAUUUACCUACCUUUUCGGAAUAGGACCUUUUCCUUGUCUUAGUCUCCUUUGUAGCACUCGACUCUGUCAGGAGACGUGAUUGGACGUCUGUUUGGGGAAUGUUUCAUGUGACUUUGUGACAAGCCUCCUCAUUGGAGGAGCACACACAGCUGACCUUGUUGUCUUUUUUAAAAUUUGCUUAUUUACUUCUUGCACAAAUGACAAAUAUAAUGAAUGUUGGUGUGAGCUUCAGCAUUUUGAAAAGAAAAGGCAUGUGUUGUUGUUUUUAUUGUUUAUUGACAUGUUGUUGUUUUAUUUUUGUUUAUUUUUUGUCAAAAAAAAAAGAGAAUGGUUUUGGCACCUUUUUGUGUUUAAACUGAACAUAAUUCAAUCAGGAUUCCUUUGUUGAAACUUGACUGUUGUUUGACGUCUUGUCAAUAAAUGUCCGUACCGCUGGAAAACCAACUCAGGCAUAGAAAACUUCAACACGCCCAUUAACCAGAAUGGUUAAGUCGCCAUCGUCGUGCCCCCCCCCCCCCCCCCCAAUUUAAUGUUGGUGGGCUGUUCGAUAUGGUUAUUACUAUAAUUAGUUAUUAUAUUUAUAUAAUAAAUAUAUAAAUAUAAUUUAUUAUAUGGAUUAUUAUGAUUAGGAUUCUUAUUGUACUGUUAUAUGCUGGAGAUGGCUAUGUGCUCUUAGUGUGGACGUUUAGUGAGGAGGCACCGGUUGUCCUGGUCCUGCAGUGAAGGGCCAUCAUUCAGCACAUCUAUCUUUAUCCCACUCUAUCUAUAACAACCAGCUGACAGACACUCACUCACUCAGAGAUGUGGCCUGUUCUGUGCUCUCUGACUUCUCACCUUUGACCCCUACACACUCUGAAAUCCAGAAAAGGGUCUUCUGUCAGCUGGGGUCCAGUAAAUGUUGUCUACUGGUCAGAACGCACAGCCUUGUGGCUAAAAACAUGUCUGGGAGUUGGACUCUCUCCGUCGACCUUUGGUUUGGCUGCUGGUCAACCUGGACAUAUGUGUAGACGUAAGCGGAGAGUGGCAUCCGCAUUGCAGGCUGCAAGUCACACAGAGAGCUGAGACACAACACAAGGACUGGCAAGGUGGGCAAAGACAAACUUGGACAUGAUGAGAGACGGAGCCAAUCAGAACCAACCAACAACCAACUCAUGUUAUAUAGAUGAUGUACUCCAUCACCACCAACCCGUGUCUGUCACAGACCUCUAUAGCAAUCCAAACUGUCAGUGUAUGUAUUUGAGAUCUGUAAGAACACACCUCUUAAGAAAAUAAGAAAAUAAGACUUGAAAUAUCUUAAAGAAAUGGGCAAAUAAAUGUCCUAUGAUUUUUUUAAAUGCUGCCAAUGAAUGCUCUACAAGAUAUUGUACUUCUGUAAUAUAAUAUUUCACACAAAAAUACAAAGCCCCAAUGUCCCCACUCCUCAACCUAACUGACAAUGUUUGAUAAAAGGGGCUAAAAUAAGAACAGAGGUGAGUUUGUAUUGGUGAGUUCUGUAAUGGUAGAAACAGGAGCCCCCCCUAGUGUCUGCCCAGUGACACGACACCACACUACUCCCUACUACUCCCCUGUUGGACAGUGUCAUCUCUUAACUGGUGUUGAGGGGGAGAGAAAACAAUGGGUGUUCAUUACAACUUGUUACGCACGCAUUUCCAACCACCUGGUUCUUUUUGCUGUUGUUGUUUUUCAUGUGUAUUUUCCCCCAGUUCAUUUUGUUGAUCGAAUCAAAACAGGUAAACAGAUUGUAUUGUACGAGGAUACGGGAAGAAGGCCGGCAGAUGGCGACAUUGAGUCAUUUUCAUCUUACUGUACAAACACGCUGUAUGCAGCCGACAAUGCAUUAAUAUCCCUCGUCGACUGGUUCGUACCUAAAACAAGAAUGGGGAAAUAUGCGGACCAUUUUACACCACUGGAGUGACUAAACACUAGUCCCGGAUGUUGUGUAUGCCGUUCAGCCAAUCAGGUUGCAGGAAGCAGCCCCCCCCCCUAACAUUACGCAGCACUUUAUCGCAUUAGUGGAAACCAAAGCUGUUCUCAGGGCGGGUCUGCCGGUUUUGACUAGCAGAAGUUACUUUUCGUAGCAGGUUAGGAGAAUUAACGUGGCAGGUUAGGAUAAUUAAGUUAAGGUUAGGAAAAGGGUUAGGGUUAGCUAAAAUGGAAAAAUUGUCCCUGACUCGACUCAAACACAUCUAGCUACAACCAGGUCUGCCCUGAGAACAGUCUUGGUUUCCACUAAUGCGAUGCACCCUGUUUUGAUAGUUUUAACUUGAACACGACACAACAUCCGGGAUUAGCAUUUAGCCACUCAAGCAUUGUAGUUGAAAAUGGUAUGCAUAUUUACCCCCUUUUUCCCACCAUUAAAUAAAGUUAAAGAGGAUACCGAAGCCUCUGCAGCCUGAAUGGACAAUGUUUCAGGUACGAACCGGUCAACGAGGGAUACUCAUUUAUUUCCGGCUGUAUACAACGCGUUUGGACGGUAAGAUGAAAAUGACUCAAUGUCUCCAUCUGCUGGCCUUUGGGCUAGGAAGAAGACACAGAGGUCAUUCCAAUGGAAGGACUGGUCUAAUGUAUGUUAAGACAUUGCAGUAGUAGCUAGGCUUUGUUCACAUGUCAAUACUAGCAUACCACUAAGGAUACAUGCCCAAUACUUUGCUUCAUUCUAAAUCGUGUGCUAGUGGGGAUGUUGGACAGAGCUCUAGUCCCAGGGCUUAGUAUACAGGUGUUGAGGAUGUUGUCGUAAUGAGAUUAAUUCCUCUAUUGGGGAGGACGUGGAGGAUGUUUUAAAUUUUUUCUCACUUGAUACUGGGCAGAAAAAGGCAUAGAUGAAGAAACUCUAGAAUGGCCACAGUGUGAUAAUAAUGGUUGGACCUACAGUACCAGUCAAAAGUUUGGACACACCUACUCAUUGAAGGGUUUUUCUUUAUGUUUACUAUUUUCUAUGCCAAGAUUGUGCAAAGCUGUCAUCAAGGCAAAGGGUGGCUACUUUGAAGAAUCUCAAAUAUAAAAUAUAGCACUUUUUUGGUUACUACAUGAUUCCGUGUGUUAUUUCAUAGUUUUGAUGUCUUAACUAUUAUUCUACAAUGUAGAAACUAGUAUAAAUAAAGAAAAACCCUUCAAUGAGUAGGUGUGUCCAAACUUUUCACUGGUACUGUAUAUGUGAACUGUAUAUUCAUAUUGCAUAUAGGAAGAGUCAGACAAGAUGACUAGGGGUUUGAGUUCUCCCUGACCAUGUGACUUUGAAAAGGAAAAACUCUGGUCAGAUCACAUAUUCAGGAGAAACUCAGGGCCCCAAUGAUAAUGUUUAAAUCAAGGUAUUUUUUAGAGAGUAUUGUAAAUUGUAUGUGAAAUAUUGCAGGAGCCAUGUUAGAAAGUGUCAAUGUGAAAGUAUGUUGAGACAAAUCUAGGUAUUGUAUGUCCAUGAUGUGGACACGGAGGAUUCUGGCCUGUAUCAAGUGGAGGUCUUUGGAGAGGGGGAAAUGGUUUGUACCUUACUCAAUAAAAUAUGAAACCACACGAAGUGCGUACAGGCUUUAGAUAGUUAGGAGCUGGUAUCGGGGAAAAGAGAAAACCUUUCUUCUUUUGUUUUGUUACCAUAUGCGUGCAUACUCUGUCAUUUGUGUAAAAUAUUGUAUUUGCACUAGCUUUUUAUAUAUAAAAAAAACUAAUUUAAAAAAGGUUACAAUUGAAAUUCUAUUUUCUAAUUGUGGUGUGUCUAUUUGUAGGAUACACUCAAGUCUCAAGUUUCUUGGAUUUUAUGGUUAUUUUCUUUGAUGGUGCUUGCAGGUUUUCUAGUUAGAAUUCAUUUCAUUAUUAUUACGAAUAAUAAAACAACAUUUGUGAACAAAUUUGUUAAAAAAUAAAAUGUCUGUAUACCAGUUCCAGUGUAUUGUUUCAGUAUACACAAACUAAUAAAAUAACAGUGCCAAUGUAA